AUGAUCACCAUUCUCCCUUCGCGUCUGAAAUUGCUUCAUUUUCCACGAUCACAGCUACCCCAUGUAACUCAUGCCAUUGUAAAGGCCUGCUUUUUCCAGGACAUUAAGGAUCCCGAGUACUUCUUUUCUUUCACGGAAAAUGCCUAUGAGAUAUCCAUCGCUGCCAACCAAGCAAUCAUCGAUCAUGAUAUCUUGCCCUUUCUUCACGCGACGCCUUCCCACGAUAUCGGUACAUCUCCCGACAUUUUUCGUGUUAUGCAAGUGGAUGAUGCUGAUGGUCAAGAUGCAAGUGGUAAGCGUAUCAGUGAUCUUUCUGAACCAUUGGCCCAAGCCAAGUUUUCCAUCUUUUACAUGUCGACAUACCAAACGGAUUUUGUUUUGGUGAGGGAACGAAGACUAAGACAAUCAGUGCAAACUUUGAUGGAUCAUGGGUUCGAGUUCGAUCAAGAUUCACUUGACAUGCUUCAAAACGAGUCAGCAGCAUUAUCCAACAUGAUACGUCAUUCGAAUGCAUCCACCGAAUCAUUGGGAUCGGCUGUCGAUAGUGCAGCUUCGUCUUUGCAUGCACCAGAUGAUCAUCAGGAUGGUGAAUCGACUGAGAGCACGGUGUUGACCAACGAAUUGCGAUGUGCGGGGUUGAAUCCCCACUAUCGAUCCACGUGGGCCAUGACAUUACUCAAGAUCUUGUCCUUUCCCGAAAUGAUUGAAGGGUAUUCAGCUGAACAAUCACGCUUUGUGUCAUACACAGCAACCAGUGAAGGCAUCUCUGUGCUAGCUGAUAAGCACAUCUUGGAUUUGUUUGAAGAAGAGUCCAUCUUUCAGGAUGAAGAUUCAGUACCCAUGCGCGUGAUCCAAGUCAAUCUAGGUGGUUCCAACCUUGAUAGAUGUGGUAUUGUACGAUCCAUUUCUCAUCCACUGGCAGGCGAGCAUAUCAAUCUAUGGUAUCUCAGCACAUACAAGACGGCGAAUAUCAUUGUAUCAGCGGAUGAUAUUGAGCGAGCAGAGGAAAUCUUGAGACCGGAUCUCGAAAAAAUGCGCGAAAUGCUGGACGAUGUCGUGCUUGAACCUCUUCAGUAA